CCUCCACCUCCAACUCAUGGUGGAGGUGGUGGACAACGAGCCCAUCAGCUCGGCCCACCCCCACCCCCCCGGACGCGGCGCCGCGCGGUCCUUCGCGGCGCGCGUCCCGCGCCCGGCCGGCGGAUGGUUGCCAACCAGGACCGGCGGCUGGAGGUGGUCGUGCUGGCUGUCAGAGGCUUGGGCGACGGCCGAGCCGCCCCCGUCGACGGGCGGCGCAAGGUGCACCUCACCCUCGUGCACGCCAGCGACCCCGAGGGCGGGGCCUUCGGCGCCAAGGUGUCGCCCUGGACGGCGGCGGUGGGCGGCGCCGUGCGCUUCGGCACGGCGGGGCUCCGCUGCACCUUCCCGAUGGGCGCGGGCGCGCCGGCCCUGGCCUCGGACGUCCGCUUCUUGGAGGGCGCGCAGCUCCGGGUGCGGCUGCUGGCCUCGAAGGUGCCCACCGGCAGCGCUCUCAUGGGCACGGCCGCCAAGUGGAUGCCCUCCCUGACGCAGGAGGUCACGGCAGAGCUGGACGAGGCCACCUCGCACCCCGAGGCCGAGGCCUUCAUCCCGCUGGCCAACAUCCUCUCUGGGCGGGGCUUCGCGGCAGACCGGGCCCUCGGCGGCUGGGUGCCCCUGGAGCGAGCGCGGCGGCACGCGGCGGCCGCGGCCGACGCCACGGGCCUGGAGGAGCCGCUGUCCGUCUGGAUGCAGAUGUACGCGCUGCCAGACCACGAGGCCUGGCUGCCCGACCUGCAGGCCCAGCUGCAGGCGCAGGCAUCGGGGCCCUCGGCCGCCGCGGAGCCCCGGCCGCACCGCCCCGGGGCGCCCUGCGCGCCCCCCGAGGCCUCCGCCGCUCCGCCCUGCG